AUGAACAUCCGCUGCGCCAAGCCCGAAGACCUCAUGACCAUGCAGCAUUGCAAUCUGCUUUGCUUGCCGGAGAACUAUCAAAUGAAAUACUAUUUCUACCAUGGCUUGACGUGGCCCCAGUUGAGCUACGUGGCAGAGGACGACAAGGGCAACAUUGUCGGUUAUGUGCUGGCCAAGAUGGAGGAGCCGGAGCCCGGAGAGGAGAGUAAACAUGGACAUAUUACCUCGCUGGCGGUUAAGCGUUCCUAUCGCCGUCUCGGCCUUGCCCAGAAACUAAUGAACCAGGCCUCACAGGCCAUGGUCGAGUGCUUCAAUGCUCAGUACGUUUCACUGCACGUUCGCAAAAGCAAUCGCGCGGCCCUCAAUCUCUACACAAACUCGCUUAAGUUCAAGAUCAUCGAGGUUGAGCCGAAAUACUAUGCGGAUGGAGAGGAUGCCUACGCCAUGCGCCGUGAUCUGCGUGAGCUGGCGGAGGACGACGGCAAGCCCAAGAGCAAGGACGGAGGCGACGAGGUGUCGGCGCAUGAUCACAGCAAACACUCACACAGAGGCGCACACAAUCACAGCGGACAUGAUGGUCAUUGCUGCUGAAAGCAUGGAGAUACAAAUGAAAUACUUACAUAGAAAGGACUAAUAAGGAUGUGCAUGUAGGAUGCGUUUUUAUAGUUUUGCAUUUUUGUGCGAUUAGGUUUUUGUAUUUGUGUAAUAAAUAACACAUAAAGCGCAGUUAAAUUAAACGGAAAUGACGAAACAUA